AUGGAGUCGUUCUCAACGUCCUCGUCUUCGUCUUCACGGCUACACAGUGGUAUUGUUACUGGUAUGGAUAGCCUGGAUAUCUGCGAGCCGCCCCAGGAUGAAGAGUUUUGUUUCCGGUAUCCGAGCUACAUGUUCCCGGAUGUGGAUUACGACAAAGAAGACGUCCCGUUACCCUUCAGGGCUACUCCGGACUCCCUCUUUAAUCUUUGCGCCGCCGUUGUAGAUUCCCAAGCCCGUACUGAAGUCUUCAAGUGGAGUAUCAACGAUGUGACCGACUGGCUGCGCAAUUUUGGUUAUCCCGAGUAUGAGCAAACUUUCCGGGAGAAUUAUGUUGAUGGACACAAACUGCUAAAUUUGGACGCCGUAUCUUUAGUCGCACUCAACGUACGCAAUUUCGAGCACAUCCGCCACCUGGGCCGCGGGAUUCGUGCGCUCUACCGUAAGGAGCUACAGACGGCCACCGAGACCAAACAGCAAAGCGAGGUCUACAAGACAUUCCGUGCCCGCACCGGAAGGAGGUACGAGGGAUUGCGGGAGACGGAGCUACUAAGCCGCAUGCACAUGAUUCGCUCAGUUUUCCGCGACGUUAACGACUGGGAUCUGAUGGAGUUGCAUAUGUCCAGAGCCCCCGUGAGGCGGUACCGUGAGAUAGUAGCCGGGUCACGGCGCUACAAUCUUUACGGGCCAUCUACUGCGCGUAGGGAACCUAUAAUAACGGAUGAUGUCGACUACACACCAUGGUUCAAUUUUACUGAUUGCUACUAAUUUUUUGUAGAUUUUAUCUAAGGGGUUACAUUGAGUUAACAACAACAAACUUUUAAUAUUAGUUACCCAUAUUACAUUUCCAAAACAAACUAACUAAAACUUACGAUCGAGCCAAAAAUUUGGAAGAUAUUCUGCAACGCAAUCAGUUUUGGACCAGUAAAAUACUAUUUGGGACAGGAAGGUUAACUAGUUCAAGUUAUGUCCAUUCCCUUGUAACGAAAAGGUCAAUUUUUCAUAUGCUUAUCAUAGGAAACAACUAGUUCAUUUGUUACCAGUAUAACUCACCUCAGUCAAAAAUACUACAAAAACGAAAAUUUCUAUAUAAGAAUGUCCGUCGAAAAACUUGUUGAUCUUAGC